AUGUCAGGCAAUAUGGAAGUGGUGGACAUCCUGGUUGUGGCUGGUUACUUCAUUAUCGUACUGGCGAUUGGCUUCUUGGCCAUGCGCAAGCCCAGUAGGAACACGUUAAAAGGUUACUUCCUGGCAGGCCGCUCCAUGAACUGGGCAGCCGUCGGGGCCUCUCUAUUUGUCAGCAAUAUCGGGAGUGAACAUUUCAUUGGACUCGCCGGAUCAGGCGCUGCAAGUGGUCUCGGCGUGGCUGCGUGGGAAUUAAACGCUCUGUUGCUGCUCCAGUUGUCAGGCUGGAUCUUCGCACCCGUCUAUAUCUACUCAGGGGUCUUUACCAUGCCGGAAUACCUGUCGAAGCGCUUCGGUGGAAAGAGACUGAAAGUGUAUUUUGCUGUGUUAUCGCUCAUACUUUACCCCCUUACAAAGAUAUCUGUGGACCUCUAUGCUGGAGCCUUGUUCAUCAGGGAGUCUUUGGGAUGGAACCUGUAUUUGUCAAUCAUUCUGCUCAUCGCCUUGACGGCUUUGCUGACUAUCACCGGAGGACUUGUCGCGGUCAUCUACACAGACGUGCUUCAAGCUGCCCUCAUGGUCAUUGGCGCUGUCUGCCUCAUGUGCAUCAGCAUUUACAAAGUGGGAGGAAUUGGAGGAAUGAUGACCAAGUAUAUGCAGGCUGCCCCGAACAUCACUGCCAUCUUGUUGUCUUCUCCCAACCUUACAUACUCUGAAUCCUGCCACCACUACUUCAACCCAGAGCCAGAUGCUCUAAAGAUCCUUCGAGGACCCAAGGAUGCACAUCUACCAUGGCCUGGGUUCCUUCUGGGCCAGACUCCUGCUUCCAUAUGGUACUGGUGCACAGAUCAAGUGGUCAUGCAGCGGAUUCUUGCAGCAAAGAACAUAGCCCAUGCCAAAGGCUCAACCGUAAUGGCUGGCUUCCUGAAAAUCCUGCCCAUGUUUGUCAUUGUCAUACCAGGGAUGAUCUCCAGAAUCUACUUUACCGAUGAAUUGGUGUGCAUCAGCCCGGAGCAUUGCAUGGAAGUGUGCGGCUCCACAUCUGGCUGUACCAACGUGGCCUAUCCGCGGCUCGUCAUGGCCAUGAUGCCCGCCGGUCUUCGCGGCCUGAUGAUGGCCGUCAUGAUUGCAGCGCUCAUGAGUGAUUUGGAUUCCAUUUUCAACUCAGCAAGCACCAUCUUCACUUUGGAUAUUUACAAGAUGCUGCGGGAGAGUGCAUCUUCCAGGGAACUGGUGAUUGUUGGCAGACUGUUCGUAGUCUUUAUGGUGAUCGUGAGCAUUGGCUGGGUGCCCGUCAUUAUCGAGAUGCAGGGAGGCCAGAUGUUCUACUAUACCCAGGAAAUAGCAAACUACUUGACUCCUCCCAUUGCAGCCGUCUUCUUACUUGGGGUCUUAUGGCACCGCUGUAAUGAAAAGGGUGCUUUUUGGGGUGGGGUGGUUGGCUUUGUCCUUGGAGUGCUACGUCUGGCGUUGGCGUAUGUAUAUAGAGAGCCUCACUGCAGCAAACCAGAUGAGAGACCAGCAUUCAUCAAGGAUGUCCAUUUCAUGUAUGUGGCAGCCAUCCUGUUUUGGACAACUGCUCUGGUGACUGCGGUUGUAAGUUUCUGCACGCCCUCACCCAGAACAGACCAAAUUCGAACCACAACCUGGUGGGGCUUAAACCAGAGAAAGCUCGACCAGAAAGGAAAACCUGGAGAAGAAAUUAAUUUGAAGAAGGUUAAUGGAGAUGAAGAAGGUCCUCUGGUCCAAAAUGGUGGCCUGGUCAUAAUUCCUGAUCCUAAAAUGCGGGAAAAGGCAGAUUGCGAGUGGCAAGAGGAGGGCGGCUCUCGAGAAGCAGCAGGCAAGUGUAGCAACAAGCUUUUUCUAUGGUUCCUGGGAUUUCAGGAACCACCACCCAAAGUUCAGGCCAUGACGGCGCAAGAUCAUGAAAAGCUGGUGAAUGAGCUUCUAAAUGAAUCUCCUAAAACUAAAAUAAUCCUCAACGUGGGGAUGAUUACAAUUUGCUGCAUAGGGAUCUUCCUUUUGAUCUUUUUCUCCGUAUAGGUAAAUUUAGCAAUGCUCAAAUUCAGUCUCUUUUUAAUGAAUCUUGAUUACUUUUAGAACAAUCAAGUGGAUCUUAAUCUUGUGGAUUCAAAAUAACACCUGCUACCUCUUUUGAACCUAUAGAGACUUUUUAUAAAGCCUAAAGUUAAGAUAUGCAGGAAUUGUAAUUGUAAUACACACUUUAUAGUGAGUAUAACUGCAGUGCCUUUUGGUUUUGUAUACUUUGCAGGAAAUAUACUUACUACUUCUUUUUUUUUUUUUUUUAUUAAUCAGUACCAACACAAUAUUACACAAUAAUACAAUAAAAGUACAAUUGCAAUUCCAAAACCAAAUCCGACCCAGCAACAUACAGAACACCAAUCAACAGAGCAAUUGAGAGGACACCCUAAUAUGAAACAAAACAAUCCAAAAGAAGUCAAACAAAAAUCCAUAGUAUCAAUUACAGUAUCAAUAUUGACAAUAAUUGCAACAUAUCAGUGAUUAGACAGCCCUCAUUUACAUUAUCAUCACAGCCAUUUAUAAAAAAUAAAAUAAAACCCUUUAAAAAAUGAACAAUAAUGUCACAGUGGCUUACACUUGCAUCACAUCUCAUAAGCUUGACAGCACCAUUGUGUCCAAUAUUUUACACAAAGAUAAAAGAAGUCAUAUUUUAGGUUCAUUUAACAGUUAAAACCUCUUCUUUUGAUAUACGGACAUGGUCAAAAGUUUACAUACACUUGUAAUGAACAAAAUGUAAUGGGUGUCUUGAGUUUCCAAUAUCUUUUAGUGACAGAGUGAUUGGAACACAUAAUUGUUUGUCACAUAAAACAUUCAUGAAGUUUGGUUAUUUUAUGAAUUUAUUAUGGGUCUACUGAAAGUGUGACCAAAUCUGCUGGGUCAAAAGUAUACAUACAGCAAUGUUAUUAUUUGUUUAUAUGUCCCUUGGCAAGUAUCACUGCAAUAAGGCGCAUCCACAAGCUUCUGGUUGAAUUUUUGACCACUCCUCUUGACAAAAUUGGUGCUGUUUGGCAAAAUGUGUUGGUUUUCUGACAUGGACUUGUUUCUUCAGCAUUGUCCACACAUUUAAGUCCGGACUUUAAGAAGGCCAUUCUAAAACCUUCAUUCUAGCCUGAUUUAGCCAUUCCUUUAUCACUUUUGACGUGGCUUUGGGGUCAUUGUCCUGUUGGAACACCCAACUGCGCCCAAGACACAACCUCCGGGCUGAUUAUUUUAAAUUGUCCUGAAGAAUUUGGAGAUAAUCCUCCUUUUUCAUUGUCCAUUUACUCUCUGUAAAGCACCAGUUCCAUUGGCAGGAAAACAGGCCCAGAGCAUAUGACCAAACAGCUCAAUUUCUGUUUCAUCUGACCACAUAACUUUCCUCCAGAAGGUCUCAUCUUUGUCCAUGUGAUCAGCUGCAGACUUUAGAUGAUCCUUAAAUGUCGCUUCUGGAGCAAGGGCUUCCCUCAUGCAUGGUAGCCUCUCAGUCCAUGGGGAUGCAAAACACUCUUGAGUGUGGACACUGACACCUGUGUUCCAGCAGCUUCCAAUUCAUUGCACAUAUGCUUUUAGGUGGUUCUUGGUUGACUCUUGAUCGUCUUGACCAAUUUUCUCUCAGCAGCAGGUGAUAGCUUGCGUUUUCUUCCUGAUCGUGGCAGUGACAAAACUGUGCCAUGCACUUUAUACUUACAAACAAUUGUCUGCACAGUUGCUCUUGGGACUUUAAGCUGCUUUGAAAUGGCUCCGAGUGACUUUCUUGACUUGUAUUCCAAUUGAACACAAAAAAUACUGAACAAGACGAUAUGGAAACUAACACAUUUUUCAAUAUGGACCACGAAGACCUCAAAGAUGUGGAA